CUAAUCUAUCGACUCAAGAUAGCAGUGAGUAGUAGACAAGGUGUUGCUGAAACUUGGGAAGGUUUCGUAAUAGAAGAAAUAAAUCUUUGCAUUUAUUUACUGUUGCCGAGUCUUCGCCAUGAGCUGACCUAUACUUCUUUGGCACUCCGAUGUAUCAAUCAGAGUCUAUUUUCGAAGUUACAUUAUGACACCUUAAAUCAAUGGAACUUAGUUCCUUAAAAGAUGCAUUUGACCGUGCUGUUAAGAAGCAAAAACUGUCAUCCUCCAAGUCUCAAGAAGUAAUUGAUCAAGUGUGCAGUGAAAUUGAGCAGACAUUGGCAAAAGUUCAUGUUAUCAACGACUCCACGCCUCUUCUUGAUCAGGGAUCCAUCCUAACAGAAUUGAAACAGAAAAUUGAGGCAAUUGUUCCGCUCAACCAGUUAGAAACUUUUCAGAAGGAAUCAAAUAUAAAUCUCAGCAAGUACUCAAAACUUCUUGAUAAAUUGUUUAAUCCUGACAUAGCGAAGGGAUACCGAAAUGUUGACUCUGACAUCCACUCACUGAAUCACAUUAUUGCAAACCAUCUGUUCCGACAAGGAAUGUUUGACAUUGGAGAUUGCUUCAUAAGUGAGGUUGGGCGACCAGAUUUUAUUGCACUAAGAUCUCAAUUCUGGGAAAUGUAUCGAAUACUUGAGGCUUUGCAGGUAAGGAACAUUGAGCCUGCUCUGAAAUGGGUUUCUACCAACAGUGAAAAACUCAGGCAAAAUGAUUCAAAGCUUGAACUAAAACUUCACAAGUUGAAGUUUGUAGACAUUUUGCAGAGCGGAAGUCGAACUGAGGCCCUUAACUAUGCUAAAAGUUACCUUGCUCCCUUGGCUUCCCUUUACAUGGACGAUAUUCAAAAGCUGAUGGCUGGCAUCUUGUGGGCAGGAAGGCUUGAUAGGUCUCCUUAUUCUGAGUUUACAUCAUCAACGCACUGGGAAAAAUUAACUGAGGAGUUGACCAAAGAGUUCUGCGGUCUCUUGGGGCAGUCCUUUGAGAGCCCAUUAAGUGUCGCAAUGGCUGCUGGUUUUGAAGGGUUGCCAACCUUGUUGAAGUUAGCAAAUGUAAUGGCUGCAAAGAGGCAUGAAUGGCAGGAAAUGGAACAGUUGCCAGUACCUCUGGAAUUGGGAAGCAAAUUGCAAUUCCACUCGAUAUUUGUCUGUCCUGUGAGUAGGGAACAAUGCAGUGACGAGAAUCCCCCGAUGCUUAUGCCAUGUCAACAUGUUCUUAGCAAGCAGUCAAUCAUGAAGCUUGCAAAGAGCAACUCGCGAAUAUUUAAGUGUCCUUACUGUCCUGCAGAGGUAUCAGUUGAGCACUGCGGGCUGCUUUAUUUCUGAUUUUAGUUGUUUAUACUUUAUAGGGUCACAACAUUGAUGCUGGUGGUGAUUACAUGGGUGCAUUACUUUUUGAGGAUUCUGAGUAUAGUUUUCUUUAUUUUACAUAAUUUAUCAUUUUGUGGCAUAAAUUUCUAUAAAUUUUGUUAUGCAUCGCAACAAGGUAUUUGGUCUUGUAUGAUAUGUUUCAUCAUUGUUUUUCUUGUA